AUGAUUAGAACAAGUUUAUCAUCUUUAACUAGAUGUUCAAGAUUUAGUUUAUGUCAAAGGUUCAAUAAUGUUACAAGAUCAUAUUCAACUUCAUUUGAAUUUGAAUUAUUUAAAAACAAUUCACUUAAAAGUUUAAUUCAAGAUAUCAAAACUUCAUUACCAAUGGAAGGAAUACAAGAACCAACAAAAACUAAACAAAUUUUAAAUUUAUUAAGAAUGUAUGAUACUAAUGAAUCUGAUUGGAAUCAAUACGUCACAAGAACUCCAAAUCAAUCAUAUACAAGAAAUUUAGUUGAAAUUAUAAAUAAUCAUUCAAAAUUAUUAGUCCUUGUAUGGGAACCUGGUAAAAAUUCCAAAAUUCAUCCACAUCCAAAUACUGAUUGUUUUGUUAAAGUUUUAAAAGGUAGUUUACAAGAAGAUUUAUAUGAUAUGGAUGUUUUACACAAGGAAAAAACUUUAAUUCCUAAAAGACAAACUACAUUACCUGAAAAUUCUGUUGCUUUUAUAACUGAUUCUCAUGGAUGUCAUAAGAUUAAUAAUAAAACUAAAGAUAUUGCAAUUUCUUUACAUCUUUAUGUCCCACAAGAUAAAAUUAAAGGUUUACCAGAUGAUAGUCAUCAACCUAUAAAAGAAAAUAAAGAAUGUUAG